UGCAGCGCAAACAAUUGACAGUCAGUACUUCCAAUUCCUAACAAUAGAUUACGCUAUAAAUGUCAACAUUUGUGUGUGAAGUCAAAUAUUAUUGUUGCAUUUGAAUAAUUAAAUAAUUAACUCAUUGAUAUUCUUUCACAGUACAUUGUUGUAAUGAUUUUUUAGAUUAAAAGCACCAUGUUAAAUACAUUGAGUGUAAUAUUAAAGGUUACAGGUUAAAGAUUAUUAAAGGCUAAAGGUUAUAUUAAAUGUUGAAUUUAUGUAUCUUGAGAUUUAACAUAUUUUGAACAAUGGCUGCAAAAGUGUAUCAAUCAGAUCAAGAACUGGAAACGAAGGUUAAGAAAGCAACUGAACGCAUAUCUGAAAAUAUGCACAUAGUUGCAAAUGAACCAUCCCUUGCCUUUUAUAGGCUACAGGAACAUGUAAGAAAAGCAUUGCCUCCUAUGGUGGAAAAACGUGUUGAAGUACUUGCUCUUCAACAACAAUUGUUAGGCAGAUGUUACGAUGUAGAAUAUGCUGUAAGCGCUAUUAAAACAAUGCAUGGUGCUGGAAAAAGUUUUGAGAACACAUUAGAAUUUAUAAAAAAUGCAAUAUUCUUUAAGCAACAAUUAAAAUACGAAGAGCAACGUAGACACAAAAAGGACAGCAACAGAGAUUCUGUAUAUAAGAGGCUAUCUGCCCAUAUUCCCACCUUAGAUCAUUUACCAGAUGAAAUAUCUGAUGUCGUGAGAGAAACUGCUAAUAGAGUAGAGUCUAUGAUGAAUCAUGCUAGACAUUCUACUGAGAUACAGAAAACAAAUUGAAUGCCUCUUUUAUAAUUUUUAAUAUUUUG